CAAUCCUCCCCGAUUCUUUUUUUUUUUUUUGUUGCUUCCUGCCUUUUUGUUUUGCGCUUAUUUUCGCCCCUGCCACAGUCAUUAGAAGUACUUCGUGCUUUAACGUCCUUUAAUUUGAUUUGCUCUAGUUAUAUAAUGCGGCUGUUUUCCGUAUAUUCACCCCAAAACCAGCUUUUUUCGGGAUUGUAUUCUCUAACAGUAGCCUACUGUUUGCUUGUUUGUUGCUUUCGGUGAAUAAGGACUAAUUGAAAAAAAUAUAAAUGCACCUUCCGUUGAAGGGAUAUCCCGCGUUUGAAAUCAAAGAGGUGUGUGCGCCCUGGGUGCAGCCUGGCCUGUGCUGUGGUGGCGAUGAAGAACCCAGGAGCUCUGGAGAGCCGUCGGUUGGUCGGCCUGCUGGAGGCCGCUCUGGUCCGGGAGUCUCGCCUCUGGAAGGUACCCGUCUUCAAGAACGGAUGCAUCCAGGGUGCGGACAUCUCUUCAUCCCAACACCAAGAAAUGAUCGUCUGGCUCGGAGAGAUGAACAGGCUGUUCCAGUUCUGUCCAGAGACCUUUGCACUGGGCGUCUGUGUCCUCAACCGACUGCUGUCCACUGUCAAGGCCCGACCAAAAUACCUGAAAUGCAUAGCUUUUACCUCAUUGGUCCUGGCUGCCAAAAUCAACGAGGAAGAUGAGGUAAUAGGUUCUGUUCAGGACCUGGUUGUGCAGAGCGGAUGCAACUUUUCAACAGCGGAGAUUCUUCGCAUGGAGAGGAUCAUUCUAGACAAGCUGAACUGGGACUUGUACAUCGCAACGCCAGUCGACUUCAUUCACAUAGUAAGUUAGCAGAUAAGACAGGCAAAACGUCACUGUGUUUAGCUGGACCUGAGCCGCCAAGAGCGUCUCGUAGUGAGCUGGCUGGACUUUAAAGAUGCUUUUGUCAAUUCAGGUCCCCAAAAACACAGCAGUAUACAAAAGCACACAUGACACCAUCAUGCUCGCUUCAAGAUUGUGUGUUACAAAUCCUCACAACCUGCUGCCCUCUCAGUAAAGAAUUGGUCCAUUUUUUUUCGAUUUGACUCAUUGUGCCCAUUAUUAUUAUUAUUAUUAUUAUUAUUAUCAUUAUCAUUAUUAUUAUUAUAAACUCCAUUCAGUCCUGGUUGGAGUGUGUCCUUCCCUUUUUUUUCAAUCAUCACUAAUUCAUUCUAAUGCAAAUAAUAAAAACAUACACAUAGAGGAUGUUUGAUUUGGUUUUCCAAUACAUCAGAAUAAAAUAUUGUUCAACAUAAUAAUAUGGGGGGGGGUAAGCAACAGAGACACAUUUCAGCACGAGAUCUGAAUAGAGUCGUAUAUAUAUUCUACUUAUGACUGCAAGCUGCUAGCAAAAUAACAGGCGUGUUGCAUAUCAGGCCAAGGCACUUCUGACUGACUCGUUCCUGCAGCCACUACGGGGGAGACCCAAACCCUGCUCAACCAGAGGGGCUGUGUGGAGAUACAAGAUCCUUUUCUUUUUUUUCAAACCUCACAAGACUGAACAGAAACACAGACGAUUUGGGUCGUUAGCGGAUCUAUAACAUGCUGUGAAUUGUUGACUGUUUCUCACGUCGUCGCUAAAGAUCCCAUGCUGUGUCACUGAGUUUAUGGCACAAUAUUGUUUAACAGCUUGGAUCUGUUCACAGUAGUUUAAUUAUUAAACGCUCACAAAUCACUGACUGAGGCAGUAACCGCCGACUGAACUGUCAACAAACACACACACACAACAUCAUUUAGGUCCCUGCAUGCUGUUGGGCCGGGGCUGUAUUCAUAAGGCGUUUCACUUUACGUCAUCCAACGUGUCAGGAUGUAAAGAUCACCAACUGUACGGCCAAGGAACCGGUUCACUACUACUAGGUGAUAUUCAACAUCGUCAUAUAUCACUAUUAUGGCAAAAUCUGUUUAAUGCGUUGAAUUUAACAUGUCAAACAAAACUUCGGUAACUGAGUUAGCGUAACAAACUUCAUCUAGCCGUGAGUGAGGAGGCCAGCCGUUGGAUGCUUUAUGAAUUCAGCCCGUGAUAUGCUUGACAGAAACCGUUUCACACACACACACUGUAUUGAUUCACACUAUUCAAAGGAUUUAUAUUGAGACGACUUCCUCGGUUUUAGGGACACCGUAAU